UUAGAAAGGCUCAAAUAAACAGGUAUCCUCUGAAAGCAAACUGCUGCUGUUGUUCUUGCCUUUGCUGUCCUUUUCCCGUUUCUGGGUUCUUUUCUUUGUCUUCUUUUGGGGUUUUGGCCUUUUUUUUUUUUGGUUAAGGGUUUUUGGAUUUCUCUGAUGGUUAGUUAAGAAAACAAAAAACAAAUUGAUGGAUAAAUACAAUUCGCAACUCGUAGGCAAAGGCGGCGUGAAUUUGAAGAAGAAUUUGGAGAGUUUUGCUUUUUUCUUUUUUUAAUGAUGAUAAUGAUUGAGCAAUGGGGAGUGAUUUUCCAUUUUAGAAGCUGAUAAAUGUUUGUUGAACAUUCUUGUCAAAUAAGGUGACGCUUUGAAAAAUCUUCAUCUAUAUUGUUACUAUUAUUUAUUAGUAUUAUCGUUUGAAGCUAAACUCAUCAAAUUUCCAUUUGGCAGAAAAAUUUUCAUGUGGGAGAGGGCGUGAAUGGCAAGGUAGUAGAAAAAAACAAUAACUGCUUUUAGUAAAAAGUAAACAAACGAAAAGGAAGGAAUCCCAGUUUUGAGUAUGCAAAGAAUAUCGAAUUCCUAAAAAGAAGAGAUAUUCCUUUGUUUUUUUUAGGUUUUGGGUUAUUGGUGUUUGAUUAAUUCGCCACAGCAAAAGUUAAUAAUGUCGUCGAAUACUUCAUCAGAGACGCAAGAACCGAGCAUCGACACUGAUAAGUUGAGUUACGAAAUCUUUUCCAUUCUGGAAAGUAAAUUUCUGUUUGGGUAUGAUGAUCAUCAGAAGCUAUGGAUUCCGAAACCGAUCUCUCCGCCUUCUGAACCGAAGGUUGAGCCAUUGAUUCAACCGGGUGAUGAGAAUUCCCCGUCAGCUAUCAAGAACCAGAGGGGUAAAAUCUGUAUUUUGAGUAUCGAUAGCGGUGGCAUGAGAGGGAUUCUUUGUGGGAAAGCUUUGGCUUAUCUUGAACAGGCCUUGAAAUCCAAGUCAGGUAAUCCGAAUGCUCGAAUCGCCGAUUUUCUUGACGUCGCCACCGGUUCUGGUGUUGGUGGUAUCUUCACGGCCAUGCUUUUCGCCACCAAAGAUGAUAACCGCCCGAUUUUUACCGCUGAGGAGACGUGGCGGUUCCUUGCAGAUAAUGGGAAGCGGAUAUACCGGUCCAGCCGGGGUAAAAACGGCGGUAUUUUGAAAAAGAUUAUGAAAAACGGUUCGACCGGAUCCAGAUCAACCGGUUUAGAGAAGGCGAUGAAGGAGGCGUUCGCGGCGGAUGGAAGGAGUUUGACGUUGAAAGAUACGCUAAAACCCGUUUUGAUUCCUUGUUAUGAUCUUUCUAGCACAGCACCGUUUUUGUUUUCCAGGGCGGAUGCUUUGGAGACGGAUAGUUUUGAUUUUCCAUUAUGGGAAGUUUGUCGGGCCACGUCGUCUGAACCCGGCUUAUUCGAACCGGUUUUGAUGCAGUCCGUCGAUGGUCAAACCAGGUGUGUGGCAGUUGAUGGUGGGUUGGCCAUGAGCAAUCCAACGGCUGCAGCAAUUACGCACGUGUUGCAUAAUAAACAGGAGUUUCCUUUUGUUAGAGGAGUUGAGGAUUUGUUGGUGCUGUCAUUGGGGACGGGUCAGCUACUUGAAGUCAGCUAUGAAUAUGAGCGAGUCAAGAAUUGGAGGGUCAAGGAUUGGGCUAAACCAAUGGCUCGAAUAUCCAGUGACGGUUCGGCUGACACGGUGGACCAAGCUGUAGCCUCGGCAUUUGGACAAUGCAGAAACAGUAAUUAUGUAAGAGUUCAGGCAAAUGGAUCCAGUUUAGGGCGGUGUGGCCCAAAUGUAGACACAGACCCCAGCCCCAGUAAUGUAAAGAUGCUGAUAGGAAUAGCUGAGGAAAUGCUGAAGCAGAAAAAUGUUGAAUCCAUCCUGUUUGGAGGUAAAAGGAUUGGAGACCAAAGCAAUUCCGAGAAGUUAGAUUGGUUUGCUGGAGAACUUGUUCUAGAACAUCAGAGGAGGAGUUGUAGAAUUGCUCCCACUGUUGCUUUCAAGCAAGCAAAUCUAAAGACCCAACUAGCAUACUCUCAACAAAAUCUGCAGCUAACCUAAUGGCAGAAACAAAAAAAAAAAAAAAGGGAUAAAAAAUGAUAUCCAAAAAAAAAAAGGAGAA